UGACUUUAAUUCUCGCCAGAGGAGGCAGGAGGAGAUGGCAGCAGGAGGGAGAGAGCGCUUGACUUUGCUCUCCGUACUGUCUGCGGCGGACACAACAACGCACGACUACUUUCAGAGAAAAUUAGGAGAUUUUUUUUCCGCCCCCACCUCUUUUGAAACUCGGUGCAGGGAGAUAUGAAGACGGACCAUUCUUUUCAAGCAUAAUCUUCGCCACCCCUGCUGCUGGAGAACACUGUCUCUGUAAAGAGAUGUUUGCCCUUAAUCGAUCUGCCUGCUCAAAUAAAGGUGUCCUGCACUAAAGCUCCUCAGCAUGGCUGAACAUGACAUCCCGAGUCCAUCAGUGACUGCCACUUAAAACAUGAAUAUUUGUCAUUUCUAUUAAGUUUUUUUUUUUUUUUUCUGAACUUAAUAUGACAAACUGUGGCAGUGUUUCUCUUUCUAAAUAUGACAUUCUGCCAAGGAACCCUGGCCAAGGCCACAUGAUCAGUGGAGUGUUGGCAAGAACCACAGCAUCUACAAUUAACUGGAAGAGCAGUUUAUGCAGCAGAAACAGCUUUUAUCUCCUGCGUUAGGAGGAGCAGGAAGAGGCAGAGGGUUGAGCCUGAAAUAACAGAGGAACAGAUGGGACAUGAGUGUUAUCAGUCUGCGAGACCAUUAACUGAAAUACAUCCAACAGAUUAUCAUGGUUCCUGCUGAGAACACGAGUGUUGUCUCUGCUGCAGAUCGCUGCCCCAACUGUAGCUCCUCCACCCACCCAGAGGUGGAUGUAACCAAGGUGGUGGCUUUAGGGAUGGUGCUGGUGGUGUUUGCGGUGUUCGGGGUCCUCGGCAACAUCCUGGUCAUCCUGUCUGUGCUGUUCCACCGCCAGUGGCGCUCUGUAACCCACUACUUCAUCGCCAACCUGGCGGCAGCAGACCUGCUGCUCAGCUCCGCUGUUCUGCCCUUCUCCGCUAUCUCGGAGGCUCUCGGAAGAUGGGUGUUUGGCCGGUCCUUUUGUAGUGUCUGGGCCGCCCUGGACGUGCUCUGCUGCACUGCCUCCAUCCUCAGCCUCUGUGUGAUCUCUAUCGACCGCUAUCUGGCUGUCAGCUACCCUCUGCGCUACCCGGCUAUAGCUACUGGGCGGCGAGGCCUGACUGCAGUGGCUGCUCUCUGGGGACUCUCUGCAGCUAUAUCAGUGGGCCCUCUGUUUGGCUGGAGGGAGCCCGACCCAGAGGAUGAGACAGAGUGCCGGAUUACAGAGGAGCCCGGCUAUGCCUUGUUCUCUGCAUUAGGAUCUUUCUACAUACCUCUAGCCAUCAUCCUGGCCAUGUACUGCCGCGUGUAUACUGUGGCUAAGAGAGAGACAAAUACCAUCAGGAAAGGCAGUAAGGGAGAGGGGGUUGAGACGGAGGGGGUGAUGCUGAGGAUACACAGAGGGAAUGCUGCUCAGGCGGGCAAACAAGAGGAUGAUGAAGGGACCGAGGGGCAUAAACGCUCCACCUUUGCCAUGCAGAGGCUGCUGAAGUUCUCAAGAGAAGAGAAGGCAGCCAAGACUCUUGGCAUUGUUGUCGGGUGCUUCAUUCUGUGCUGGCUCCCUUUUUUCCUGGUUUUACCCAUCGGAUCCAUCUUCCCAUCCUGUAAGCCCUCUGAAACCAUCUUUAAAAUAACCUUCUGGCUGGGUUACCUCAACAGUUGCAUUAACCCCAUUAUCUACCCGUGCUUCAGUCAGGAGUUCAAGAAGGCUUUCCACAACGUGCUCCACAGUCGCUGCCUGAGAACCGCCAAACCACAAGCACACAUCACCACCCAUUCCUCCAGUUCAGGCCCCACGUCUAAUGCUUCUGAUCCCUCAACCCAAAACAGUGUCACUGUUUCUUCGUGGUGUUGCUGCAGGGCACUGUCGACCUCCUCAUCAACUGUUGGUGGCUCAGACCAGGCUCAAAGUGCACAAAUCCAGAGUAAGAGUCUGCUGAAGGCAUGGUGUUUCUCAGCAAGUCGAACUCCCGUACCACAGAACUCCUCCACUCACAGGUCAGCUAAGGUCUUACAUCUUUCUCUUGGCGUUAAGGGAGAGGCUGUUUGAUUGGCAUGUUUAAGCAAUGUACGAAUUCUUAACAUCCAACUUUUGUACAAAUGAACAGUUUUUACAUGUAUAUAUACAGUAUGUCCAUUCCUCUGAGGCACCAGAGUGCAGGGAAAGUGACUUUCCUACAAAGCAAGCAGAAGAUAACUCAAGCCUUAAUGCUUCGUGUCCAUUUAAACGCCUGUGAGUGUCAAAUAAAAUAUAAUUUGGGAAAGA